AUGAAACGUCCAGGCUUCCGGCGUCUUCAUCUAUCUAGUGGUGACUGGACAGGAUUCCAAAGCGGAUUAUUCCGUCGAGCUAUCAGCCUGGCUGAUGAAUUGACCUAUCUCCAUUUAUCAACUACAUUUAAUGAUGGAUCUCAUUCUUCAAUGAGAGAUCCACCUCUUCCCCUAAAAGAGGUUCUGUCUAUCAAGGAGUGGCCGCAACUGUCUCACUUAGCGCUCUCUCGCUUUAGUGUUGAUACGUCGGAGUUGAUGGACAUACUCAAGUUGGCACCAUCCUCAUUGCGAUCUCUUGACUUGGAAUUUAUCGAGUUCCCCUUCGAUGAACUGGGUUUGACUGGUCUACUAGAGAGGAUGCCAGAAGAAGUGGAUUGGAGUAAGAGAGAUCUGAAACCGACCGUCACGAUCGGGAUGGAAGGCCAUCGCGUAUGGUCGGGGAGGUUCAGACGAGGUAGCAAGCUUUCUCUAUGGGUCUGGAGAAAAUCCCCUGGAUGGAACAGAUACACGCAGCCCCAAAGACGGGUACGGGACGAAUCAUGA